AUGACUGAUCGAAAAGCUUGGAAUUAAAAAGUAAUAACAAUCAAAUAAAUCUUUAGGAAGAUACAGCUAUCUUAUAAUUAGUAAAGUAGUAUGGAAUUAAGAAGUGGACCAUCGUAGCUGAAAAGAUGAAAGAACUCUAUGGUUUAUUUGGUCGAUCAGGUAAAUAAUGUAGAGAACGUUAUCAUAAUCAUCUUGACCCUACAAUUAAUAAAGAGCCAUGGAGUGAAAAUGAAGAAAGAGUAAUAUUUAUAGCACACAAAGAACAUGGUAAUAAAUGGGUAAAAAAUAUUUAAACAAUUUAUAGGCUGAAAUUGCGAAACUGUUACCAGGAAGAACUGAUAAUGCAAUAAAAAAUCAUUUUUAUUCAACUUUAAGAAGAAGUUUAAGAAGAAUAAACAAACUUAUUGGAGAUAAGAACAGUAAAUCAUAUAGAUCUAUAUAUAGUAAAGAAAAGGGUACUCAACAGAUCAAGGAUAUUAAACCUGGAGUAUUAUCUAAAAUAUUUAUUCUGGCUGAGAAAAGUCCAUCAGAAUUAAAAGAUGAUCAUAUGAAAAAGCUUUGUUAAGCUUGUAAAGGACUUUAGGAUUCUAUUUUAGAAUUUGCUUAAUCUAAGCAAAAAUCUUAAAUCAAUUAAUUUAAUGAGGAUAAAUUUAAAUAAUUGAUAGAUAAGAUUAUGGACUUCAAGUAUAUAUUAUUAUUAAUACAAUAGUUCUUUAUACACUAAACAAAGAGAAAGUAGAUUGAAAUUAAAAAAGAAGAAUCAUAAAAAAAGAAAGAGUAGAAUAGAUGAUGAUGAUGAUGAUGAUGAUGAUUAUACAAGUGAUUAUAAAUAUGAAGUAAUAAGCAAUAAGUUCCCCUUAAAGAGAUCUUCAAGAUUAAAUGCUAAAAAGAGAGUGGUAUUAUAUAGUAAUUUAUCUAAAAGCACAUAGAUAAAGAAGAUUAUAUUGAUAUAUGUAUAAGAACCAAAAAAGGACCAUUAUAUAACAUAUUAAGAGAUGAAUUGAUAGUAUAACAUGAUGAAAAAGAAGUAGUUAAAUUAUAUUAAAUAAAUUUAGGAAUAAUGUUCAAAUUAUUAGUAGUAAUGUGCUUAUGAAUUUUAAGGAACCAAUAGUCCAAAUAAUCAUUAAUUUACUCCAGCUUUUAAUGUUUUAACUCCUAGAUAGAUAUUCUUUUAAAAACAUACAAAUCAAUAUUAAGAAGAUGGAAUAUAGAAUAAUGAUGAUGCUAUGUUAAGUAAAUCUAAUUUGGUUCCAAUCUUGAUCACUAAAUAAUAUACUUAAUGCAAAGAUAAACUACUUGAUAAUUUAGCUUAACAACUCUAAUAAAAAAUAAGUAAUAUUAAUUAUAUUGAUGUUUAGAUGCAAAUGCUGAAAAGUAUAUUUAUAAUCACCAGAAUAAUCAGGAUUCUGAUUUAGAGAUAAAUAUUGGUGAUGCUUUCGAAAUUCCUAAAGACUAUAAAUCACCAUCAAGUAAAUUCGGAAUCAGUGGAUAUAGUCCAAGUGUAUUCAGAAAGUAUAAGAAAAACUAAGAAUCAGGUUUAGUUAACUUUAUGAUAACACCUCAACAUUAUAAAUGA